AUGGCGAACGUCGAUCUUCGCACAAAGACCUUGCGGGAUGGUGAUUCAGCCGAGGAGUUGUUCCGCGGUGAUGGACUUACAUACAAUGACUUUAUCAUAUUGCCUGGCUUUAUUGAUUUUGGGGCAUCUGAUGUGAAUGUGUCUGGUCAAUUCACUAAAAAGAUUCGGUUGCACCUUCCCAUUGCUUCAUCUCCGAUGGACACAGUGACAGAAGGCGAAAUGGCUCGUGUAAUGGCGUUAAUGGGCGGUAUUGGUGUUAUUCACAACAAUUGUACGGUUCAGCAGCAGGUGCAGAUGGUACGCAGCGUCAAGAUGUUCCGCAAUGGCUUCAUUAUGCGACCCAAAUCAGUGGGGCCUGACACACCUAUUUCUGUUAUUCACGAGAUUAGGGCUGAAAAGGGGAUAAGUGGCAUAUUGGUAACGGAUAAUGGUCAACACAACGGCAAAUUACUCGGUAUCGUCUGUUCUAAGGACAUCGACUUUGUGAAGGAUGUGUCAGCACCAGUUUCGCAGUUCAUGACGAGGCGUGAAAACAUGACAGUGGAACGAUAUCCUAUCAAAUUGGAGGAGGCAAUGGACGUGCUAAAUCGCAGUCGCCAUGGCUACUUGCCUGUGCUAAAUGACAAGGAGGAGGUUGUUUGUCUUUGCUCCCGCCGUGAUGCGGUACGUGCUCGGGACUAUCCCAACAGCAGUCUUGAUCACAAUGGACAUUUGCUCUGCGCUGCAGCAACAUCUACACGUGAUGAUGACAAAGCACGCGUCACAGCUCUUGCCGCAGCCGGUAUUGAUGUUCUCGUGCUGGACAGUUCACAGGGCAACACAAUCUAUCAGGUUUCAUUUAUCAAGUGGGUAAAAAAGAACUUUCCGCAUUUAGAGGUGGUCGCUGGAAAUGUUGUGACACAGGACCAGGCGAAGAACCUAAUUGACGCCGGUGCUGAUGCCCUCCGCAUUGGUAUGGGGAGUGGAAGCAUUUGUAUUACACAGGAGAUCCUUGCGUGUGGGCGUCCACAGGCCACGGCGGUGUACAAAGUGAGUCGCUACGCUGCGUCACGCGGGGUUCCAUGUGUGGCGGACGGCGGUCUUCGAACUGUGGGCGAUAUCUGUAAGGGUCUUUCCAUUGGUGCAAAUACCGUUAUGCUUGGCUCGAUGCUCGCGGGCACCUCCGAGACACCUGGCAGCUAUUUCUUCAAAGACGGUCUGCGCCUUAAGGCAUUCCGCGGUAUGGGCAGCAUUGAGGCCAUGACGCAGGGAAAGGAGUCUGGAAAACGCUAUCUGUCGGAGAAGGAAUCUGUGCAGGUGGCACAGGGUGUGUCAGGCACUGUACUUGACAAGGGGUCGGUGAAGAAACUUCUGGCGUACGUUCACAAGGGGCUGCAGCAGUCAGCACAGGAUAUUGGUGAGAUCAGCUUUGACGCUGUGCGGGAAAAGAUGUACCAGGGCCAAGUCUUGUUUAACCGCCGAACCGCCACUGCACAGUCAGAGGGUGGGGUGCAUUCAUUGCAUUCGUACGAGAAAAACUUGUUUGUUUCAAAAUUAUAA